AUGGGGCAGCUUGGAUCCGGCUGUGGAUUUCAGUACCAGCGCACCAAGAAGGAUAUCUGCAGCAUCUGCCAAAAGACCGUCUAUCCUAUGGACAAGAUUGCGGCCGACGAUAAGCUCUUCCACAAAACGUGUCUCCGCUGCGGCCACUGCAACAAAGUUCUGUCGCUCGGAAACUACGCUGCUGUCAAUGGCGUCUUCUACUGCAAGCCCCAUUUCAAGCAACUCUUUGCUCUCAAGGGCAACUACAGCGAAGGAUUCAAGGCUGCCGAAGCCAAGGCCUCUCAAAACGCCUCCGAUGUCGAAAACUCCCCUCCCUCCGAGGCCAACCGCAAGUUUGUGUCGGUCACGCCGCCCAAGAGCGGCACAAUCGCAGACCGGAUGGCUGCUUUCACCAAGGACGAGCCCGAGAGUCCUAUCCCUGUGUCGGCCAAGGAGUCUCCAGUCGUCCCAAUCGAAGAGAGCAUUCCGCUGCCUCAAGCCUCGGCUGACUCGCCCACAGCUGCCAUGAUUGCCAAGCUCGAGUCGCUCACUGUUGCAGAGCCGGCUGCUGCUGAGCCGUUGAGCCUGGCGACUCAGAGCCUCCUGAAGAUGAAGACGGAGGAAAUCGACGAGCUGGCCCAGGAGCUGGAUGAGGAGCGAUCCAAAUUGCAGGUUGCUGAGGAGAAAAUCAAGAGACUGGAGGAGGAGCUCAAGGAUAAGGAUAAUCUCAUCGCCCAGCUCCAGAACACGCUCACCAAGACGAUCGAGGCUGCCCAGUGA